AUGGUACCUAUCGAGUCCACCCCUGCUGCACACUCUGAAGGCGGACGAACAAUUGUACCUGUACUUGGCAGUUUUCGAGGUGGUGGUAAGUGGAUUCUUAGUUCAGGAGGAAGAAGGGAAUGGACCCUGCAGCACGUACCCCGAGAUCAUAACAGUGAGGGAGAUGCUCCGGCUACCUUGGUAUUAUCUGUCGAUUCUGAUGAGUUCAGUUCAGCAACAAUAGUGCAGCUCAUGAAGUCGGUGAUAGAAGAAGGCCACGCCGAAAUCCCAAAGAAUCGAGAGCCGUUUGUAAAGGCUACCGGAUUUAGCUUGGCCGAAGGGGCAUUGGUCAGGAGAACCUUCGACGGCCCACUAGCCAGAUGCUUGGGACCGGGAGAGACCGAAUACGCCUUGAGAGAAGUUCACGAAGGCACUUGCGGGAAACAUUCGGGGGCAGGAUCUUUGGUUCGGAAACUGAUUAGGGCCGGCUAUUACUGGAUCGAGAUGGACAAAUAUGGGAAGGAUUUCAUAUGGAGGUGCGAUGACUGUCAAAGAUAUGCCUCGAUGAUCCAUCAACUGGGAGAAAUGCUCCACUCGGUUUUGUCACCGUGA